AUGGCUAAUAUUGAUAAGGCACUUACUCCGAAAGCGAAGACAGACCCCCGAACUGCCUUACCUAAUUAUUUACAAGAUUACACCAAUGUAUUUGACCCUGUUGAAGCAGAUAGAUUGCCGGAACACCGACCUGGUGCCAACUAUACUAUUGAACUGAUUGAACAAGACAAGAAUGGUAAGAAGCUAGAAGCACCAUGGGGACCAUUAUACAACAUGUCCCAAGAAGAACUCCUUGUUGAUACUGCCGACAAGGCCUUCCAAGACCUCAAGGACCUCUUUAUCACCGAACCUGCCCUUGUCCCCUUUAAUCCAGAACGAAAGACUAUUAUGGAAACUAACUCCUUAGGAUAUAUGAACGGGGGUACCCUUUCUCAGUACAAUGACGAAGGACAGCUCCAAACCUGUGCCUAUUACUCCUGGAAGCUCAAUCCAGCGGAAUGCAACUACGAGAUCCAUGAUAAAGAACUGCUCGCUAUCAUUGACUGCAUAAAGCAAUGGGAAGCUGAACUCAUGUCACUAGAAUCUCCUUUCACCAUUUUAACCAACGAUGAGCAAUUCCGAAGCCUCUGGACGCAAGCCGAAGCCCAUGAUGACAAUUACAUCCGUAUCAAGCAAGUUAUUGCUGAUAACCUCCAAACGUUCCCACAAGACCUUGGUUUAAAAGUAAAAAUCGCUAACUGUAAGAUUGAUAAACAAGGACAUCUUUUAUACCGUGACCGCCGAUGGGUUCCGGACUAUGAGCCACUUCAAACAAAAAUCAUGCAAUAUUACCACGAUUUGAAGUGA